UUCUCUGUUUCUUCUCAAAUUUCUUCUUCGGUCAACACUGUCUCACCUCUUCAGUCCUCUCCCACCCUCUUCUUUAAUCUCUCUACUCGCUGCUCCAAUGUAAGUCUGCGACGCUGCCUCUCUCUGUCCGAAGCUUGUGCUGCGCUUGAUGUCGGCGAUGGUUUGUGGUGGUGGUCGUGGAGGCGAAGCUGAGUGACUGGAAAUCAUCGGCAAAAUCGUCUUGCCACGACGACGGUGCUGGUGGUGGCGGUGGAGAUAGAAGUUGCGCGAGAGGGAGUCAUGAUUUGGGAGUAAAAGAAAAGGUGGAGUUAGACUUAGAAUUUAAAAAGUUAGAGGAGAAUAUUUUUGAAAAUAAAUAUUAUUAGUUUCAAUUUUUGUCGCCAAAAAUUUCAGUCUUGAAAGUAGUCAAUCUCGAUAUCUGUGUUUGCUGCGUGAGAUAAUCAAUUGAGUAGAUUUAUGUGAAUUUUGAGGUGAAGAUAGCUGCAAAGUGUGUUUGAAGAGAAAGAAUGGAGCCAGGCGAGACGCCAUCAGUUUCUACUAAUGCUAGUUGGUCAUGGACGGUGUGCCUUUUCAUAUCAGGUAUAGUUUUUGGUUCAUUCAUAUCAGGCAUCUUUCUCAAUUUGAGACCCUUACUCAGCAGCAAGUUCCGGGCUCUGCUGGGUUACCAAGAUUCAGAUUCCAACAACAUCAACGAUGAACCGUUGGGCGAGGAAGGCAGCAGGUUGAGCCAGGAAGAUUCAGCUUCUCUUCAUUCUCUGGAUUCAAAUGUCAGCCAAGGCAGCUCCCUGAGCCAGCAGGAAGAUUCAACUUGCGAUCAUCCUCCUCCGGAGUCAAAGUCAACUAUGACCGAGGGGAGUUCGUCUUCUCCGCGAGGUUAUAAAUAUGAUGUGUAUCUGAGUUUCAGAGGUGCUGAUACCCGCGGAACUUUCAUUGAUUAUCUUUACCACCGGCUCAUGGAAGAAGGUAUCUUGGCCUUCAAAGACGAUGUGAAUUUAAACAGAGGAGAAAGCAUUUCAUCAGAGCUCCUGCAAGCAAUUAAAGAUUCACGGAUUUCUAUCGUUGUGUUCUCAAGAGGUUAUGCUAGCUCAACUUGGUGUUUGGACGAACUGGUUGCUAUAGUUGAUUGUUACAAAGAGAUGAAGCAGGAACUUUUCCCAGUUUUCUAUGAUGUAGAUCCACGUGAUGUUCGAUAUCAAAGUGGGGCUUACGAGGAUGCGUUUGAUUCGCAUAGGGAGAGAUUCAAAGAAGAGCCUGACAAGAUCUACAAAUGGAAGAGUGCUAUGACGUAUUUGGCCAAUUUAAGUGGUUUUGCUUUAAGAGAUCCCGCUGAAGCCGAAGGGAUUGAAAGAAUAGUUGAGGCCGUGCUGGACACACUGGUUUAUAAAUUCCAAAGUUCAAGAUUUACUCAUAAAAAUCCAGAAUCCACUGAAAGAAGACCAUCGUUGCAGGAAUUCAACAAAUAUGACGUGUUUCUCAGUCUCAGACGCACUCACACUCCCUACAUAUUUAUUGACUACCUUUACCAUUAUCUCACCAAGAAAGGAUUUUCCACCUUCAAGAGUGAAGAGGAGACUGAGAGAGGAGACUCCAUUCCUUCACAGGACCUCCAGGUAAUUAAAGAUUCCAGGAUUCUUAUAGUUGUCUUCACAAGAGAUUAUGCUGACUCAACUUGCUCUUUGGAGGAAGUGGCUACCAUAGUUGAUUGUCACCGGGAACUAAAUCAAACUGUCAUCCCAGUUUUCUGUGAUGUGCAUCCUAGGGAUGUUCGAAGACAAACCGGCCCUUAUGAGAGAGCGUUUGUUUCAUAUACGAAGGAAUUCAAACAAGAUCCCCUCAAGGUUCAAAAGUGGAGGGAAGCUUUGAAUUACUUGACUAAUCUACAAGGUGUGAGUCUAAAAGAUGGAUCAGAGAUUGAAGCGAUUGGAAAUAUCAUUCAGAUAGUGGAACGAUUAUGCCCUAAAUUCUCCAGGCUUAGUAGCCACGGUCCAGUUGGUAUACAAUCCAGUUUAGCCAUGCUAGAAAAGCUUUUGAAAUUAGAGGAUGAUUGUGUUUUAGUUCUCGGAGUUUGGGGCAUGGGUGGAUCUGGAAAGACAACCCAUGCUUUAGCUUUGUAUGACAGAAUAGUUCAGGAAUUUGAGGGUGCUUGUUUUAUUCAGGACGUAAGCCAGGUUUACAGAGUUGGUGGUGCUACUGCUUUGCAGAAACAAAUCCUCUGUCAAUUUUUAGAUGAAGAACUUUCAGAUAUGUACAGUCCUUUUGAAAUGUCUGGCUUCUUAAGAAGAAGGCUUUAUGGGAAAAAGAUCCUUAUAGUCCUUGACAAUGUUGAUGUGCCAAGGCAGUUGGAGUUAUUGGCUAUAAAUCGUAACAUGCUUGGGAACGGAAGUAGGAUUAUCAUAACCACCAGGGAUAGACAUAUUUUGACUGCAUACGAAGCAGAUGUAAUUUACGAGAUUCCAUUAUUGAAUGAAGAUGAUGCUCGUGAACUGUUCUUGAGUGCUUGUCCUGAUGCUACCAAUUAUGAGGGCUAUACUGAGUUGAUUCCCAGAGUACUGGAAUAUGCUGGUGGUCUUCCAUUGGCGAUCAGAGUACUGGCUUCUUUUUUGGGAUCCUGUGAUAUAACUGUCUGGAAAGAUACCUUGAAUAGAUUGAGAAAAGUGCCAUCUUUUGAAGUUAUAAAGAUUCUUCAAAUAAGUUUUGAUGGGUUAGACCAAGAAGAGAAAGAAAUAUUUUUGCACAUUGCUUGUUUCUUUCAUGGGAAGAAACUAGAUUUUGUAAUAGAAGUUCUAAAUUGUUGUGGAUUUUUCGCUCGAAUUGGGAUUCAAGCUUUGAUGGACAAAUCACUCAUUAUAAAAAAUGAGGAGGAAAUUCAUAUGCAUGAUCUAUUGCAAGAAAUGGGAAAGGAAAUUGUUCGUCAAGAAUGUCCAGAAAAUCCAGCAUCGCGGAGUAGAUUGUGGCGUUACGAGGACUUUAGCUUUACCUUGAAGUCAAAGAAUGAAGCAAGCAAAGUUAAAGCCAUAGUUCUAUAUGAGGAUGCCUCCAUCUCCAAACAUGAAGAUCUGAACAUCGAAGGGUUGUCAAAAAUGACAAAUCUUGAACUGCUCAUAGUAUAUCAUCAACAUUUUUCGGGAAAGCCUACUUCUCUUCCCAACAAAUUACGGUAUCUUUUGUGGGAUGGAUAUCCUUCCUCUUCUUUGCCUUCAUUUGAACCGUAUAACCGUCUUGUUCAAUUGAAUUUGCCUAACAGCCGCAUCAAACGGCUAUGGAAUGGCAGUCAGGUAUUUCGAAGUUUAGAAAGGGUGGAUUUGAGUUACUCAAAAGAGCUCAAGGAGACGCCAAAUUUUGAAGGGUGCCCAAGUCUUAAGCGGCUAGAUCUCACAGGAUGCACAAACCUAGUGCAAGUCCAUCCAUCUAUCAGAGAUCUUAAAGAACUUGCUUACUUGAGUUUCCGUGACUGUGAUAAGUUGGUCACCCUCAAUCUUGAUCAUAAAUGCAAAUUAAGUUCUUUGAAGGUUCUUGACCUCUAUAGUUGCAAAAAUCUUAAGAACACACCAGAUUUUACAGGACUACCCAAUCUUGAGCACAUUGAUCUUGGAGAAUGUACACGUUUAUCCACUGUUCAUGAUUCUAUUGGGACUCUUGUAAAUCUUACGUACUUAAAUGUGCAAGGCUGCAUCAAGCUUAAGUUGCCUGAUAGCAUUGAUGUCACAUCUCUUCAAACUCCGAAGGUUCAUGUCACGGAUAGAAAAGAAAAGAAAGAUAGUUCAAAGUGAGAAAAUUGGUAAAAUGAUAAAGUAGUACUUUAAUCACCCCUGAAUUUAUAAUUUUAAUCAUGUAUGAGUUCUAUUACCUUGAAUCAAGGGUGAUUAAAGUAUUACUUUAUCAUUUACCAACGUCUUUGAGAUGUGAAAACCAAUGCAAAAAGGAAAAGAGGGAAAUGAAUGGAAAGAACGACGGGUGCUUUUGGGAGGAAGGAGUCAACAGUCAAGUGUGGUGCUUUACUUGAUUUUUUUUUUAAUUGAAUAAAAGAUAAUAUUUAAAAAAUAUUGAAUUGCAGUAUUUUUUAGAAAGAUUUUCAAGUAUGUCA